AUGGGUCUGUGCAAAAAUACCAUAUUGUUCAUUUUGAUUUGCUCACUCACCUCAUCACUAAAUCCCUUAUGCAAAUGCAAAGCAUCUGAUCAAGUUCUUUGCAUUCCUAGUGAGCGACAAGCCCUGCUUAAUUUCAAGCAACAUCUUCAUGAUCCUUCAAACAGGCUUGCCACUUGGCCUGAUGAUAACACAAAUUGCUGCAGCUGGAUAUCAGUUUCUUGCAAUCAUGAAACAGGUCACAUUCUUGAACUUCACCUCUCAUGUUCAAUUACUUACUCAUAUAGGGGUUAUGAUGUUUCUGACAUAUCAAGGUUUGGGGGUGAAAUAAAUCCUUCGAUACUUCAGUUGAAAGAACUAAGUUACUUGGAUUUGAGCAGCAACUAUUUUGGAGGCCUACAAAUUCCAAGUUUCCUUUGCUCUAUGAAGAGAUUGACAUAUUUGAACCUCUCUUAUGCGGGAUUCAGUGGAAGCAUUCCUCACCAAAUAGGAAAUCUCUCUGGUUUGCUCCAUCUUGACCUUGGAGGUAAUUCUUUUACUGGAAAGAUUCCCCAUCAAAUUGGUAAUUUGUCAAAUCUACUCUAUCUUGAUCUCUCUGGUGGUUAUCAAUAUGACGUGGAUGUGAUAUCAAUGUAUGGAGAAAAUCUUCAGUGGAUAUCAUCUCUUUCUUCACUCCAAUAUCUUCAAUUGAGCUUUGUUAAUUUGUCUAAUGCCUUUGAUUGGUUGCCUGUGUUGCAAUCUCUUCCCUCAUUGACAGAGUUACACCUACAAGCGUGUGCUCUUCAUCACAAUUUCCAUCCAGCCAUUGCUAUAAACUUUUCAUCUCUAACAAUCCUUGACCUUUCCUUCUCUUUUGAUUUUGGAUCUCCUUCCAUUCCAAAUUGGAUUUUUCAGCUAAAGAAUUUGGUUUCGCUUAAAUUAAGAUAUAAUCAUUUGCAAGGAUCCAUCCCAAAUGGUAUUCAUAACCUCUCUCUCAUUGAAGAUCUUGAUUUGUCUCACAAUUUGUUUAAUUCUUCUAUCCCUGAUUGCUUGUAUAAUUUGAACCAUCUCAAGUCUCUUGAUCUUUCUAUAAACAAUUUGCAUGUAACAAUUUCACAUGCAAUUGGAAACUUGACUUCUAUGGUUAAUGUUGCUUUGUCACAAAAUCAGUUAGAAGGGCCAUUUCCAAACUCUUUAGGAAAUCUUACCUCUUUGAAAUAUCUUCAAGUUUGGAGCAAUAAAUUUGAUGGGAAUCCUUUUGAUGUUUUGCAAUCACUUUCUGAAUUAGAAGAUCUUCAUAUUAGGGAUAAUCUUUUCCAUGGAAUUGUAAAUGAACAUCACCUCGCUAAUUUCACUAAAUUAUAUUCUUUCCCUGUAUCAAGAAACAUACUUACUUUGAAAGUAGGUCCCAAUUGGAAGCCAUCUUUUCAAAAGUUGACCUACUUGCACAUGGCCUUAUGGCAUUUAGGUCCCCACUUUCCAUCAUGGAUUAGAUCACUGAAACAUCUUAAGGGGUUGUCCAUACCUAACAACAACAUCUCUGAUUCUAUCCCCACAUGGCUGUGGGGUGCAUUCCCCAAUGCUUCUGAUUUUGAUUUCUCCAACAAUGAUAUCCAUGGAGAGCUUUCUUAUACAUUAAAGAAUCCCAUCAAUGUCCACACCAUUGAUUUAAGCUCAAAUCGCUUAAGUGGUCCUUUACCACGCAUAUCACCAAUUGCGGAAUACUUAGACCUAUCACAUAAUUGGUUUUUUGGAUCCAUAGCCUCCUUCUCAUGUCAGGAAAAGGAAGAGCCAAUGACGUUAGAAUAUCUCAAUUUAGCAUCAAAUAAUUUGUCAGGUGAAAUACCUGAUUGUUGGAAGAUGUGGUCAAAUAAUCUAAUGAUCGUCAGGUUUGAUAAUAACCAUUUCAAUGGGAAGUUGCCUACAUCCUUGGGAUCCUUACCUUGGCUAUACUCACUAGAGAAUCAAUUUUCAGGAAUUAUUCCACUAUGGGUUGGAGACAUUCUAUUAAAUUUGAAGAUCUUUCUCUUGAGAUCAAACCAAUUCAAUGGUAAGAUUCCCAAUCAAAUAUGCUCUUUGAAUUCGCUACAUGUCUUGGAUCUUGCACAGAACAACUUGACAGGACAACUACCAAAAUGCAUUAAUCAAUUGAGUGUUAUGCUAGUAAAGAAUACCACUCUAGAAUCGAUCAUCUAUGGCGAAGGAAAUGGUAGUGCAAGAUCUGUAACUGAUGUGCUUCUAGAGCUGAAAGGAAGAGAAGACGUAUAUAAUAUGCUGGGCCUCGUCACAAGCAUAAAUCUCUCAGGUAAUAAAUUAUGUGGGGAGAUACCAAGUGAAAUUACAUCUCUCAAGGGGUUACAUUUCCUGAACUUGUCAAACAAUCUUUUGAGUGGUAAGAUUCCUCAAAAUAUUGGAAACAUGGAAUGGUUGGAGUCAAUGGAUCUCUUAGAAAAUCAACUUUAUGGUGAAAUCCCAUCAAGCAUGUCCAAUUUGAAUUUCUUGAGCAACUUGAACUUGUCAUCCAACAAUUUGAUGGGGAAAAUUCCAACAGGAACUCAAUUGCAAAGCUUCGAAGCAUCAAGUUUUGUGGGCAACAAUCUCUGUGGUCCUCCACUACCAAAGAAUUGUGAUGAUUUGCAAAAUAUCCCAAACCGCCAUGAUGACAAAGAAGGUAAGACAAAUGGGGUCAAUUGGUUUUAUGUGAGCAUGUCUCUAGGAUUUGUUUUAGGAUUUUGGAUAGUUGUUGGUCCUUUGCUCUAUAGUAGAUCCUGGAGGUACACUUACUUUCAGUUCAUAGACUGCAUGUGGUACAAACUUCGAUAUUAUUGGUGGUGA